GUGGUGUUUUGUGGUUAAUGAUCGCAUUAAGUUAGUCGGAAGACAUUCGCGAGUGUUAUUAUAUUGGAGUAUUCAAUAAACAAAGUGUAUCUGCCUAUUUUCGCUUCGUGUCAGGAAGCCGCUUCAUAACUCAAAAGUUUAUGCGGACUUUUGAGUUAAUUCGUUUGGGGUUCGGAGUAGGAGUCUACUCCGAGGGUGGGGGCUUAGGUUUCAUCAUCAUCACCUUUCAUCAUUUCAUUAAUCAUCAAGAAAAAAAAAUACGUCAGACAUGGCUGUAUGGGCAUAGUUCCCUUUGCCUUACCCUUCGGGGAAAACCAAACCAAAAAAAAAAAAAAACAAUGAGAAAACCAUUUCUUGUUAAUCAGUUUGUUCUAAUAAUAGAACUAAAAUAAUCAAUUUCAAUCUAAAUAAUUAAAACACUUCAAUGUUAAGUAACUGUAUCUGGAUUUUGAUGAUUUGUCAAGUUAUAAAUGGACUUUUCUAAACAUAACCUCAACUAUUUGAAAACAUGAUACCCGAAUAUGUAUGUGAUCUUGAUCCCGCUACUAAAACUAAGCUGAAAGUGGUCUUAAUUAAAAAUGUAAAAAAUGUAGAAGAGAUCAGAAGUAAAGUGAUAUCUGGUGCAUGGCGCUGCUGCGUGGUUAAGCCGAGUCUGGUAGUGUCGCCGCUGCAGCUGGCGGCAGCCGCCAACCGCGCCGCACUGUCCCGUCUUCACGGCAAUAUGGUCACGCGCACCGUCUAUGGAGAAAUACUCUACAAUCUCUCACUCACCAAAAACAUCUCACAAAGUCUAGCAAAGUUUGGAAUAGAGAAAGAACAGGAUUUACUAGUUUGUUUUCUGAUAACGUCAGAAGAAGACUUCAGUGCAGAUAUUGUAGAACAAAUAGAUGGAGACAUCAGUCCAAUGAGUGAGCUCACUUCACUCACUAAUAUCAAGGAUGUGAAAAGUGUUUACAAACUGAACAAUCUGAAGGAUGAUGUGGACUUGUUGGAUGUCAUUGUAAGCAGGAUGGCUACCAAAACCUUUGUUUCACAUUAGAUGUGAAGGAAUAUUAAUUUGUUAUUGUUACUAGAUAUAAUUUUAAAUUAGAAAAUAAAAGAUUUUACUUUUAAA